AUGAACAAGAAUAAAGGUGUGAGUAAGGAUGUUUAACACCAUAAUUUUUAGAAAAAAAACCUUAAAAUCGUUCCUUAAUAAAAUUUGAAUGCAAAGAUUAAAUAACCAGAUUUGAAUAGAAAAUUAUUAGCAAUGCCUAUUGAUGCUAAAUAUAAAGCUGUGCUUGGACCAGAUACUGAUAGUUUAGUGGCUUAUCUGAAACAUAAAAAAAAGAAAUAAAAAGCUAUAUAAAAAUAUAAAGAUUUAGGAUAAAUAUUAGAAGAGCCAAAGUAAGAGGUUGAUAAAUUAUUACCUGAAGAAAUUUAUGAAACUGAUGAAGGUAAAUUAAAUGAUGUUAAUGGAAAAAUUAUACAUAAGAUCAAUAAAAAUAUUUAAAAAUUAUUAAGAAAGGUAGAAGCGUGA